AUGCGCUACACCGUGAUCAACGGCCUUCUCCUCCUGGCGGUCUCCCCUCUGGCUGCCCUCGCCCUCCCAGUUAAUCCCAACGACCAAACCGGUCAGUGGGACCCCAGUGGCCAAUACCGCAAAGGUCACUGGCAGAACGGCCAGUUCAUUGCGAACAACGAUGGCAACCGCUACAACCAGAAUGGCCAGACCAACCAGAACGGCUAUGUUGAUCGGAACGGCCAAUGGCGCGACAACAACCAGAACGGCCAGUACAACCAAAACAACCAGCAAAACCAGAACGGUCAAUGGGCCCGUCCAUCUGCUGUAGCCCAGCCACUCAACUCGGGUACCGUGCGGAACGACGGUGCCACCCUGGUUCCUGGCCUCGGCGGCCGUGACUGGCCCAACGACCAAAAGAACCAGAAUGGUUGGACCGACGCAAAUGGUCAGUGGCACCCAAACAACCAGAACGGUCAAAACGGCUGGACCGAUGCCAAUGGACAGUGGCAUCCUAACAACCAAAACAAUCAGAAUGGUUGGACCGAUGCCAACGGCCAAUGGCACGCAAACCAGAAGCGUGAUGUAGCUUCUGACGCCAAGAACAACCAGAAUGGCUGGACUGAUGCCAAUGGUCAAUGGCACCCUAAUAACCAGAACGGUUGGACCGAUGCCAACGGCCAGUGGCACCAAAACAACCAGAACGGUUGGACCGAUUCAAAUGGAAAGUGGCACGCAAACCAGAAGCGUGAUGUCGCUUCCAACAACCAAAACAGCUGGACUGACGCCAAUGGCCAGUGGCACCCGAACAACAGUCAGGACCAGAAUGGCUGGACUGACGCGAACGGACAAUGGCACCCCAACAACCAAAAUGGUUGGACCGAUGCCAACGGCCAGUGGCACCAAAACAAACAAAAUGGCUGGACUGACGCCAACGGCCAAUGGCACGCAAACCAGAAGCGCGAGGUGGCCUCUGACGCCCAGAAGAACCAGGAUGGCUGGACUGAGGCCAAGGGCCAGUGGCACCCCAACAACAACGACCGGAAUGGUUGGACUGAUGCUAACGGACAAUGGCACCCCAACAACCAGAACAACCAGAACGGCUGGACCGAUGCCAACGGCCAAUGGCACGCAAACCAGAAGCGCGAUUUAGCCUCCACCACUGUCCAGCGCCGCACUUGGCGCGACGCUGGCAGAGACCAGGACAACCACAAGAACGACAACAACAACCAGAACCAAGACCAGAACGACUACAACCGCAACCACGGAAUUGCGCCCAACCCCAGCGUUAUCACCCAACAACAAAACUACCCUGCCAACCCCCAGGACAAGAACCAGGACAAGGCUAUCAAGGCCAAUGUUGGUCAACAGGAGUAG